AUGAAGUACGCUGUUGGGUUAGUCCUGGCUGCCCUCGCCGUGACUGCCGCUCACGCUGGCCAACCGCAAAAUCUUCGCGCCAACAAGGAGGAUGAACUUGCGAGUAAGGGUCUGUUGGAGGACGAAACGGACGCCGGCCUGAAUGACGAACCCGCGAAGAAGAAGGAUGUCGUCAUGGUGACGGUCAAGGGCCCGGCUGGCAGUGACGACAUAAAAAUCAACAUCAUGGACCUGAUCGGCAGUGGAAGUGGCCAAGUCGACUUCGCCGACAUUUUAGAUGCCGAAGUAAAUUCGCCAUUGUACGAUCGGCUUCGGAGCUCUGGAGAUAACGACCCCAUCGCCGGGAAGGGUGCGAACGAUGGAAGUGCAGAAGAUCUUUCGUGGCUGUCGAGUGAAGAAUCUGGAAACGAGGACCCUGCCGGUACGAAGGGCGGUUUGUCGGAUGUCGACAUUCUAAAAAAGCUCAUGCUCACGUUCGGUGAUGGAUCUGGAAACGAGGACCCUUCCGAUACGAAGGGCAGUUUGUCGGGGGCCGAGUUUGAUAAAUAUUUGAUUCAGUUGGUUGGUGAUGAAUCGGGAGAGGGGGACCAUCUUGGCGCGAAGGGUGGUGCCAAGGGAGCGCUAUCAUUGGACAACGAGGAACAAGACGAGGAAGUUGACCCUCUAGGUGCGAAGGGUGGUGCCAAGGGAGCUCUAUCAUUGGAGGACGAGGAAGAAGAAGAGGAAGUUGACCCAAUCGGUGCAAAGGGUGGUGCAGGUGAUCCACCUGGUGUGAAGGGUGGUGCCAAGGGAGCUCUAUCAUUGGAGGACGAGGAAGAAGAAGAGGAAGUUGACCCAAUCGGUGCGAAGGGUGGUGCAGGUGACCCUCUUGGUGCGAAGGGUGGUGCCAAGGGAGCUCUAUCAUUGGACGACGAGGAAGAAGACGAGGAAGUCGACCCAAUCGGUGCGAAGGGCGGGGACAAGUCUACGAAGGCAUCCAAGUCAACGAAGGCGGGUGCCGAAGGCGGCUCGCUUGCUGGGCUAUUUGACGAAGGCACGGACGGCCUUGUUGGCGAUGAAGGAGAGUCAGUCCCUCUGGUGGCGGGCGGCAAGAAGGGCACGAGCCCGGCCGUUGAGAACGAGCCUGUUUUUAGCGAGGCUGACUUGGACGACAGCCCCAUGCAGUCGGAACUAACUGGCACCAAGGACUCUAAGGCCACGAAGUAG